AUGACAAAGGAAAUGAGCACUGAAAGAAAAAUUGCAUACCAAAAAGCACGAAAUGAGUUUUUCAAAAUGGCUCGAGAACUCAACGCCUCUCAUGGUGUUGAGAUUGUUGGCGUCUUCUAUAGUGAUUACCACAAAAAACCUCUGAUAUAUCCAAAUCAUGUUGCUGCUAUCAAAACCUUUGAAAAAUUUAGAAAGUUAUAUGUGCAGGAGCAACCCAAAAACAUGGUGACACAAGAAGAAAUCACCAAGCAAUUAAUAAUUAAGAAGAUGGAGGAACUUAAAAAGCUAAGGAAAAAGAACAGGUUCACGGAGUUGACAAUUAAGGUCUAUGAAAUGAAAAAGGAAGAUUUUUCUGCUAACAUGGACCCUAAAGAUGUCAACGAUUUGUUGUACGUGGUGAGAGAAAAUCUCAAACAAAUGAAAGAAAUAUUGAAAGCAAGGGCUGACAAUGAGGGUUCCACUUUGAAUAUCUCUUAA